AUGCAAUCCAUAAACAUGAGGGCCCUCAUGGCCCUUGUGCCGCUCCUCGGCGCCUCAACGGUAACCGCCCUGCCGCAGGCCAGCACGACCGCAGCAACACCCACGAGCUCCGGGCCUGCCGUGACGGCGUCUGGAAACCCGUUCGAGGGUUACCAGCUCUACGCGAACCCGUACUACAGCUCCGAGGUUAUGUCGCUGGCCGUGCCCUCCAUGACGGGUUCGCUGGCGGAGCAGGCGACGCAUGCGGCUGAGAUUCCGUCGUUCCAUUGGAUGGAUACAACCGCCAAGGUCCCAUCGAUGGGUGAGUAUCUGGCUGAUAUCAAAGCGCAGAACGACGCUGGGGCACAGCCGCCCAUUGCCGGAAUUUUCGUCGUCUAUAACCUUCCCGACCGUGACUGCGCGGCGCUGGCUAGUAACGGGGAGCUGGCGAUUGCGGAUGGUGGUGUUGAAAAGUACAAGGCGUAUAUUGAUUCCAUCCGGGAGCAUGUUCUGACAUACGCGGAUACAAACAUUAUCCUCGUCAUUGAACCGGAUAGCUUGGCCAACCUGGUAACGAACCUGGGUGUCGCGAAGUGUGCGAAUGCCCAGGGUGCGUACCUCGAGUGUACAAACUAUGCAAUCACGCAGCUGGAUCUCCCCAAUGUCUCCAUGUAUCUUGAUGCCGGCCACGCCGGAUGGCUGGGUUGGCCUGCCAACAUUGGCCCAGCAGCCGAGCUCUACGCGAGCGUAUACACGAACGCCUCGUCCCCGGCAUCGUUGCGCGGUCUGGCCACAAACGUCGCCAACUACAACGCCUUUAGCAUUGAUACCUGCCCGUCGUACACAUCUGAGAACGCGGUCUGCGACGAGCAGGGCUACAUCAACAGCUUCGCCCCGCAGCUCGCCGCGGCCGGAUUUGAUGCCCACUUCAUCGUUGACACUGGCCGCAACGGCAAGCAGCCGACGGGCCAGAAUGAAUGGGGUGACUGGUGCAACUCCAAGGGCACUGGUUUCGGCGUCCGCCCGACAACCGACACGGGUAACGAACUGGUUGAUGCGUUUGUCUGGGUCAAGCCUGGUGGUGAGAGUGAUGGCACUUCUGACCAGUCUGCUGAGCGCUAUGAUGCGCACUGUGGUGUCGAUGCUGCUCUUCAGCCGGCUCCUGAGGCUGGUACCUGGUUCCAGGCAUACUUCGAGCAGCUUGUGGCGAACGCCAACCCUCCCCUUGGGAGCUAG